AUGAACAUAAAAAAAAAACACAAACCGGAUGAUGAACUUGAGUACAUCGAGCGGGAAGUACGUGAUAAUGCUGAAAAUCCAAAUAACUCCGGCCCAUCCCCACCCAAUGCCGCUGAUUCUUGCAAAUUCCCAGUCUGCAUACACAGCAAUAACCGUGGCCAACUGAAAAAAUCAAAGCGAAGUCACGUUACUCACCAAUUGGGCCACCAAGAAAGCUCCCAUGAGCAAGAAACCCGGGCGCUCAACGAACGACCAGCUCCUCGACCUCGUCACAAAGAUAAGAGCCUGGCUUAUAAUACUCACUUGAAGAGUGCAGCUGUAAGCUCGUCCGGGCUCUCCCUCAACGAUUUCACAUUAAAUGGGGAAGAAAAGAAAAUUACGGAGAAGAAAUCGGUAUCGGCUGCAAGAACGACACCAGUUGCGAAAAUCUCCUUGAGUUUCCACGAAUCGGGCACUGGAGAUGGCUUUACCCUGUCCUUUGAAAUGGUCAUGAUGGUACCGUCGUUGAGUAUUGCGAUUAUGAGGACCAUGAAAGGCGAAAAGUCGAACUUCCAGAUGAGAGCAAUGAGCAAGAAACCCAUCACGAUACGAAUCGUGAUCGAGACCGCGUAA